UGAUUCAUACUGGGCUGAUAAAACUCAGUCCAAACAUAACUCCCCUAAUUUCAAAGCCACCUAUUUUCCCGUUUACCCUAUUUUUUCUCAUUAUUAAUCUCUUCUUAUGCUUCAUCUUCCAAGUUCCAAUUUUUCUGGGUUAUUCACUUUUCUUAAGCUGUGAUCAAAUUGAAAAAAGAAAUUUACUUUUAUCUUUUUCAAUUUUAAAGGGGUCGUAAUUUUUUAAUUUUUUUUUACUUUGGUGUAAAAAUGGGAAGGUUAUUUAUAGAAUCACUUCCAGGUCCAAAGAUAUACAGAUGCAAGUGUUGCAAAGUAGAUUCUGCAUCUCCAGACGACAUCGUUUCUAAAGACUUUUAUGGGCGUUUUGGUAAAGCUUAUCUCUUUAGAAGUGUGGAAUUCAGUUCAGUUCAGACAAAUUCCUCUCACAAUCCCAGUUCAGUUCAGUCUACAAGAAGAGGGCCUAGGUGGAAACAAUUUCAUGGCUUAAAAAAUGGGAGGAAUAUUAGGGUGAACGUCUGCGUAGGGCCUACUGAGGAGCGACGUCUUACCAGCGGACUGCAUGCUGUCAAUGACAUAUAUUGUAGCUCUUGCCAGCAAAUACUUGGUUGGAAAUAUGAGAAGGCAUACGAAGAAAGCGAAAAGUACAAGGAAGGGAUGUACAUUCUUGAGAAAGCGAUGAUCAUGAAGGACGGCUGGUGAUACUUUCAGAGCAAUUCAUGCUAUUCAGGCUCUCAUGCUGUGAAUUUUGUAGUAUAUAGGCUAUAGGUCAACCUAAUAAUUUUUCAGAUCUUAGAACACUAAUGCUUGAUAUAUGCAUCGUUGUUUACAAUUUACAACUAUAUAUGUUGGGCACCGAUGUGUGUCGUAACCCUAAUGAUUGAUUGGUUGAAAUUUUGAUGUGUUAGUAGUCAGCACCAAAUAGCUGAGAUAGAAAUAAUGUGGUAGUAGGCGUUUGUGAUACUACCCAAACUAUUCGUUGCUUGAAAUUAUGAGAUGUUUCAUCUCAUUAUAAAAAAUGUGACAUCCCCCAUCUUUGAUUGA